CAAAAUAAACGAAACUCGUUUAAAAAUGAGAUCUAGGCAUUCGAGCUCCUAGUGUGGAUUAAAAGCGUUUAGUGGUGACACCACAUGAGUGCAAAUGUGUAGAUACCGUUAAUAAGAUAAUAUAUCACAUGUCACCUUCAAAUAACAUGUAUGAUGUCAAUUAGGUGCAUUACUAUCAGAGUAAUAAAACACAACAUGAAUAAGGCUUCAUGCUGGGUUUUAUUUCUCUUUAAGUAAUGCAGAUGAACCUCGCUUCUGAUCUAGUAACUGAUAAAACUAUUUUAAAAAGUGAAAUAUUAUGUGAUAAUCAGAUCGAUAACAUAAACUAUUUAAACCUGCUAGUAUAUCCGAUAAAAAUAUAUUAUAAUUGUCUUUGACAGUGUUGACGUUCAGUUGUUCGUGGUGACGACCGCAUGUAUUUAUACAUCUCUUACACUUCUCAAGAUCUCUUUUCGGCUUUGGAAACGAUAUAAAUUAAAUGUCACCAACUAAUCUUUCAGGAUAUCGAUUGUCCGAGUUACAUAAUCCCCAUUGACACCGUUUAACCAUUUAUAAUCGUUUUUUUAAAGAGGAAAACAAAAGAAACUCGUUGGAAUAAAAGUGAACCUAAACAUGUAGCUUGUCUAGAAAAUGGCGGACAGGUCGUUGCUAACGAGUGCGCCCGAUAAAUCGAUCGCUGAUUGGUGGAUCAAUUCUAGUGGGCGGAGCGAUCAUAGAUAAGGCGUCAUGUCAAUUGUUCGAUUUUGCUACGUUGAUAAGUCAAUAUGAGCGCGGUUUUAAACAUGUGGUAGCAGUCGAUAAUUUCUGGAUAUAUUGUAUCGAAUGAGCGAGUAUGCCGAAGGCGUCGCCCCGACCACGGGCCGCAGCCCCUGCCACGCGGCUGUCCAACUUCCAGUACUUUCUAAUACUUACAGUGAUCUCCGUCCUUAACGUCUGCUUUUUCCUGGGACUGGGUUUCUCGCCUUCGCAUGUUCGCUGCUCCACGGACCUCGUCGUUCAGUUCGUGAAUCUGUAUCUCGAGAAUAACGGUGCGACCGCCAUCGGGGACAUACUGCCGGAAACGUGCGCGAAACCCGCCCAGAAGUCAUCGGACGAAUUCGAAAGGUCGAUACGGGAGAUAGUCGCCCGUUGUCUUAAUAUCACGCAACGAAAAAUAAUGAAAAAAUUGAGGGAACGGCCUUUAUUGACGUUAUUUACGACGUUCGCGGAUCAUAUACAUACGAAUACUGAGAAGUUAUUCGUGCAUAAUAAUACAUUGAUGAACUGGGCUCGAUUCAAACCGCAUGCGAAUGUAAUACUCUUCACCAAUGACUCUGUCUGGGACGAUAUAGCCAAGCAGAAUGGCUGGGAAACGAUAUCGAUUUCGGAACAGGCCGAGCGACCGCCGGAACUCAGGGAAAUGUUUCGGCUCGCGUACGAGCGCUUCGAUACGCCCUGGUACGGGUAUGCGAACGCGGACAUACUGUUCACAAACCAACUCAUUGUAACCCUUGAGGAUCUCAGUGACAAAGGCAACUUCACCGAAAAAAGCGUCCUAUUAACUGGGCGCAGGACCAAUAUUGAGAAAAUAUCUCUUGUAAAUGCCCGUUCAGACGGAAAUCUUACUAAACACGCUAGAGAUUACGGAACCUUAUACCGCGAGGACGCGGAGGACUACUUUAUUGCAACGAAACCGUUUCCAUGGCAACGUAUACUCCCCGUGGUGGUCGGUCGCCCUGGUUACGAUAACUGGCUCGUGGCCGAGGCCCGGUGUAAACUACACACUGACGUCGUUGACGUCACAGAGACGAUAUUAGCGAUUCACCAAACCACAGAAAAGGGCGGCAAUAAUGAGGGACAUUACCACCCUCGCAGUACUCUCAAUUUUGACUUGUUCAAACAAAACAAGAUCAAGCCUAAUUACUUGGCGGGACUUACCAGUUGCAUUCCGUACUUUACUUAUACUGAUUUCUGUGACGUCGUUAGCGUUGAAGCUCGCAGUCGCGAUCACUUCGGACCUCGUUGUGGCUGUGGUGUCAGAUAAUAUUAGCUUUAGUUAGGGCAUUAAUAUAUUGUGUUCACAUUUGAUAUUUAUUUUACCAUCAACCAUAAUCUCUGAUUUAAACAUGACAUGCACGAAGUUUUGUUUGUUUAAUAUCUAUACAUUGACUGCAGUUCACUCUCUGUAAAAUAUUGUUCUGGUGUUAAAACAUAAUUCGUCAAUCGUGGUCAGGUCAUGUUAUGGUCCAAAUAUAACAUUUACACAUGAUUUUACAUGUAUUUUUAAAUUUUAAAAUUAGCAUACGUUUAAAUAAGCGAAUUGUAAACUACUAGUGUGUACGCACUUGAAUGCGAGAUGUUGCAGAACCAAGAUCAGUGUCCUGUGUGCGGGCAGCCUGAGCACUUCAUUGUGAGAUGUAAUUAUUACAUCUCACAAUGUAGUGCUCAGGCUGUCCGCACUACUAAUAGAUCUUAGAAGAUCAUACGCAAUAGACAUCGUACUCGUUGUGUUUUUUUCGCAGAUAAAAAGUUAAAACAAGUAAAAUAUUUAUUCUUUAAACAAAAUAUUUUAGAUUUAUUUUUAUCAUUCGCCUUGUCGUAUUUUUUCAUUCUUAUGGAAUGUAAUGCUUUAAACUUGUGUGCAAUAUUUGUGUGCAUAAUGUUGCUGUUUCCAUUUGUUCAUAACCUUCAACCAGGCGCAAUCAAGAUUUCACUCAAGCCCUGGAAUCUGGACUAAAAAUUAACUAUGACAAAACAAAACUCAUAUGGAUAGGCUCCAAGAAAUAUAGUACACACUCAAUAAAAACUAAAUACAAACUUAUAUGGGGUUCAACCAAUUUCAAAGUACUAGGUAUCAUAUUUGAUGUCAACCUAGAGAAAAUGAUUGAUUAUAAUUAUUCUAGCAAAUUGACAAUGUUACAAAAUAUCAUAAUUUUUUGGAAAAGGAGAAAUAUCUCACCUUUAGGAAAGAUUACUGUAGUUAAAUCCAUGUUACUCCCCCUUUUCACUCAUUUAUUUAUUGCUCUUCCCAGUCCAGGAGUACAUAUAUUAAAUCAAAUACAUAAUUGUUUUUACAACUUCAUAUGGGAUGAUCCUUUAAAAAUCAAACACAAUAUUCUUAUCAAACCUUAUGAAGAGGGAGGGCUGAAUAUGAUAGAUAUAUACUCAUUUGAAAAAAGUAUGAAGCUAACAUGGAUAAAGAAACUUGCACUAUGUACAGGUAAAUGCUUUGUAUUAGUCUAUUCACUGUUUGAUGUUAAAAAAAUGUUAAAUAUGGGUAAUGCAUAUGUGCAAAAAAUUGUUAAAAGAUUAACUAACACAUUUUGGAAAGAUGUUCUUAAUUACUAUAGCAUAUAUGUUAACACAUUUAAGAUUUGUACAUUUGAUGAUGUAUUAAAUAUGCCAUUAUUUUACAAUGACAACUUUAAAAUUGGUAUGAAUUGCAUUUAUGAUAAGAACAUGUAUGAAAGAGGAAUUAGACUUGUUAGAGACAUAUUAUGUACCUCUGGAGGGUUUAAGACCAAGAAUGAUAUUGAGAAUUACACUGGAAAAGUGCUAAAUUUUUUAUUCUAUGAAGGAGUUAAAAGAACUGUAUCAGAUUUUAUUAAAAAAUCAAGUUUUGCUACUGUUAACAAGUCAAACACCACUGGAGUAUUUUUCUCUUCCUAUCUGAAUGUUAUUGUUUUUAAAGCAAAACCAAAUAAAUCAAUAUAUAGCACAUAUACAUUUAAUAAAGAAAAACCUACAUGUCAAAAUAAGUGGAAUGAAAUAUUUAAUAACAUUGACUGGAAGUUUGUACAUAACUUUGUUUUUGAAAACUCCAGAGAUACAUAUAUACAAUGGCUUCAAACUAGAAUUGUACACAGAAUCUUGGGUACAAAAUCUCUGUUAUAUAAAAUGAAAAUUGUUAACGACAAUCUAUGUUCUUUUUGUAAAAAACAUGAGGAAACCUUAACUCAUCUUUUCUGGGAAUGUGAACACAUUCAACCCAUUAUCAACUAUAUAAAAUAUUCAAUGAAUCUAAACAACAUCAAUUUUCCCAACAUCUCUUGCCAAGAUGUUCUACUUGGGAUUUGUUCUGAAAAAAUGACCCCCAUUAAUAUUUUAUUUCUUGAAAUGAAAAGGUAUGUUUUUAUCUGUAAAAAACAUAGUAAAAUCCCAACAGUACCAGGGCUAAAAAAUAGUUUUCAACUAGCAUGGGAAAUUCAAAAGCACACCAUUUGCCAAGGAUCGGAAUUUCCAAAUUGGUCAGUUGUAAGAUUAUUAAUCAAUGAACCCAUAACUUAAAAUGUACUUGCUUUACAUUGAUGUGCACUGAAAUGAAUGAUUUCAACUAUACACUGUGGUUUUGUUUUCACAUAUUUUGUUUGUUCAAAUCUACACUUUCUUUACCUUUUACAAAAGAAAACAAUGAUAUGUGUAGUACAAAUCUCCAUAUUAAGUAUGAAGAUCCCUGUGUUAUAUAGAAAGUAUAUUUGCUACUUGUAUUUUCUGUGCUUUCACAAAGUUUGUCAUCUACUAUGUAUCUAUGUAUACAUGCAUACAUUGUACAUUGCUAAAUAUAAACUUGCAUCCGCUGUUUAUAAACGUGCAAAUCAUUUAGUUGUUUCUAACACAGGCUGUAUUUAAUUGCUACUAACACAUAAUUUUUGUAAGGUAUGGAGUAGGAUGGCCUCGACCUACACAUACCUAUUGACGAGGUAAAUAAAGUUUUCUUAUUAAAGAAAAAAAAAAAAAAAAAAAAAAAAAAAAAAAAAAAAAAGAUUUCACUCAAGGUUAACCUUACAUACUUAGUAACUUUAACAAUUGAACUGGCUUGAUAAAAGAAUUCUUUUACAAAUUUUAAUUUAUAGAACACUUUCUAACCGAUUCCUGAUUUAACACUGUUAGAACUUGUGUACGAAGCAUACAGAUAAAUUAUGUGAUAAUAUUUCUGUUCCCAUCGUGAUAUGUUGUUGAAUAUCUAAUGAGGUGAAGGUAGUCUUACUUAAUUUAGAUAAAGUUAAAUAACAGAAACAACUUCCCUGAUGUGAUAUUUGUGGCGCUGAUGUAAACAGGAAUCAUCGUAUUUAAAAAAAAAUCUCCAGCAUUUAUUCAAAUAUUAUUUUAAUUUGUUGAUUUCAGACAAUCACCAAAGUGUUAUUUCGGAAAUACACAUAUGUACACAUAUUUACCAUUUUGUUUAUACAAAAAUUGAACAGUUGGCCAUGCACUCAUCAACUCCAGACUCCCUAUGACCCAACCCCCUCUUAAGAGGCCACCCCGCUUAAGCAGCCAAUUUGGCCGUUUCCCUUGACUGGCUGCUUAAGAGGGGUUGUACUGGACUGAAUACUUUGAAUUAGUUUACUAUGUAGGAUAACAGUCUCUCAGAUUUAUCGCAUUUAUGUUUAAUUCAGGUUUAUUAAAUUGUGUACAUAAGCGUAGCAUCAUGCACAUUGAAAGUUCCAAGUUGGUGACAAAAAUAUGCAAAUAUUCUUUAUAAUUGGUACGAUAACAAUAUACUGCAUCAAAAAAAAUAAACAAAUAUUGUUAAAUAACAAAAUAUCAUGUUGUUAAAACACAACAAUUUAUGUGUAAUAUAAAACUAAUAUUGUUGUUUUUGGCGAAAUAACAUACUGCGUUUAAUGUACGUGAAUAUAUGCACUGAAUGUAUUAUAAUAAUAAACAGUAUUUAAGUAAA